CAAUAUUUUCCAAUAAAUUAAAACAUUUAAUUUAAACUCAACAACUAAAAAUAAUUUAAAUACAUAUCGGAGUUUAUACAAACAGUGCGGAAGCCUUAUAAUUAAAUCAAACAUUAAAUCCCUGCAUCCGUACAUCUCCUUCGUCAUGCUGCUCUCCAGGAUGGAUUCCAGAAUCAAUCUACCACAAACAUCUACGUGUAGCAAAUAGGAAAAAUGGGCUACACGCUCAGCAUUGAAGCUAAGUGAGAAAUAUCUAACAGUUCGAACAUACACAUAGGCGAAUCCACUAAUUCAUAAUUAUCACAUGAUAUCAUGCACACAACAUGCUUGGCAACAAUCAUACGACAUCCAAGAUAUAACAUGCAUAACCAAUGUCAUAACAAUUCAUAGGAUACAAACAGCAUCGGUAUAUGUAUUAGGAACUUUCCUUUUUAGUUUACUUUACUUUCCUUAUCGUACUUGGCUCUUAACCUAUGCUAGGUUAAAGCUUAACUGAAUUCGACUUGAUUAUGGAGUCAUGACCUUCCCCUUCGGAACAAAGGCCAAGCUCAAACCAACUCGGGAGUUUCUCGUUGGGUGGGUGAGAUCCGUGUCCCCUUCGGAACGACAGUUCUUAGAUCCACGUGUACACGUUUUUACCCGAACAAUCAUUGGACCCAGCAGGUACCACAUGGCUUUAACUAACUAUACUUAUGGCAUACCUUGCCACUAAUCAUCCAUUCAGGUCAUUUCCUAGAAUUCUUCUAGGUGAUAUAUCCAAUAUUCAUUAAUCAGUACAUAAUACAACAUUCAUAAAUCCACAAUGUAUUUAACAAGAUAUCUAACAUACUCAGAUAGCGGCCUAACAUUGGGUGUAAACACCCAUGCUCACCGUCAUGCAACACACGGAGUCUCAGAAUCAAUCCUUGACGAAAACACAGAUUGAUAGACCCGGCCUCAGGUACCAGACGGUACCUGUCACGGUACGAGGUAACGCCCUUACGGUACCUGGGUACCGGUCCUACGGUACCAGGGGUACCGUCUGAAUCAAUGAACUCUUUCGGUAGGACUGCUGCGGUAGCCAACUACCGACCAGGCGGUAGGGCCUACCGUCCGUCCGGUACCUAGGUACCGUACGGUUGCAGCUACUGACAGAGGUAGAAGAACCCAACAGAGUGUGACGGUAGCACGGUACCAUCCUGGCGGUACCGCCUACCGUCUGAUGCAACCAAUCCCAUAUUCAUACCUGUUCCGUUUUUCGGCAUCAAACCAACAGCAAUCUCAUAAUCAACAAACACCAAUAGGUUCAUAUUAACAUUCUAAACGUUAUCAAACACAUUAAUUCAUCAAUCAAGCCCUAAAUCAUGCAUACUACCCUUUUUAUUCAACGAUAACCAUUCACAAUCAACAAUUAUACAGAUAAAUCACACAGAUCAACCACAAUAACAAUUAUGAACGAAAUUUCAAACCUAGAUGCAUAUUCUAGUGUUAGAUGUCCAUGUACUCACCUUGAUUUGUUUCGAUCUGAUUAAAGAGAACUUUACUCGAACGGGGCAUAGACGGAGUCACUCGCACCCUACUGCUCAGUUUGGUACCACUGCCCGAACGAUGCACGGCUGCCAUCGUCCCUAUUCGGUCCCUCCCAGCUGUUGUCCAGUGUCAAUAUCAAUGCCCGAACUUUGUCUUUGCGGCCCGGACACCAUCGCCAUUGACCGAGCCCUAAUUGUCACUGCCUGGAGUCACUUGAAGCCCUGCCACUGUUUCCCGGACAUCACCACUGGAAAGGGUCUGCCAUCAGAGUCUGCAGGGUCGCCGAAACAGAGGGAGAGAGAGGUUGCCGGAGGGGACUGCCUGCGCCGGUCGCUGGAGGUCAAUCGUCGGAGCACCGCCGCCGUUGAAUCGCUGGAAUUCGCCGACGGCUCAAGCUGCUACCUGAGUCACCUAGGUCGUCGCUGGAAGGGGCCUUCCGAUCGCUGGCGCUGCUGCUCGCCUGAGAAGAAGAUGCAGAGGAGGAAGAGGAAUUGUUUGCCGCUACGCCGCUGCCCAGCUCGAUCGAAGAAGAGAGGAGGAACAGGGGUGCGGCGUGUUUCGAUCGGAGAAGGAGGAUGCGAGUCUACUGCUACUAAUAGAGAUAUUAUCCUUAAGCUGGAUAUGGCCAAAGCUUAUGAUAGGGUCUCCUGGUACUUCAUGAAUAAAAUCCAAAGGCAGUUGUGGUGCAGUGACAAGUGGAUUGUUUUUAGACUCUUGUCUAAUAACUGUUUGUUUAUCAUUGGAGCUGAGCUCAUCUCUCAAAUGCUAAACCUGAGAAUCCAGCAACAGGCUUCUUGUCUCUUCUCUCAAUCUAAAGGGAUCCCUCCUUUGAAUCAUUUAGCCUUUGCUGAUGAUAUGAUCAUCUUCACCUCUGGAAAAGACCUGGACGGAUUAGGGUGUUACAGAGAAUCUAUGAUGGCUCAGUUAGCUUUUAGUGGGACAAUUGGACUGGAAUCCCUACUGUCUCCAAAUGCUAUUGUUGCACUCAUCCCCAUGUGGAAAGUUUGGAGCAUGUUUUUUGUAAGGGGGAACUUGCUCAUCAGCCCUAAACCAAAAUACAUGGCUUAUUUGGAGGUUGGAGUCCAAGUUUUAAGCUGGGGUCUGGCAUAUGGCUUCAGGAGCAUUAUUAUUGAGACUGAUGAAGGGGAAUUACCCUCCCUUCAACUUGGGAUUAACCCUGAGCAGGAUACUUAUUUGAGCACCACAUACCUCUUUCUAUAUGUUGAUGACAUAGUUCUCACUGUCUCUUCAUCUUCACUUUUUGAGAGCCUCAUUCAGAAACUCAAGGCCGAGUUCGCCAUGACAGACAUGGGUGACUUGCAUUUCUUCCUUAGCAUCAAUGUUCAUCGCACAUCUAAUGGUCUCUUCCUUCAUCAGACACAGUUUACCCAUGACAUACUUGAGCGGGACAGGAUGGUCUCCUGUCGCCCCAUCUCUACUACAGUGGACACAAAAGCAAAGCUCUCCUCCUCAUCUGGCAUGGCACUCUCCGAUCCUUCUCUGUACAAGUCCAUCGUUGGUGCUUUGCAGUAUCUUACUUUCACCCAACCUGACAUCACAUACACCGUUCAGCAGCUUUGCCUUCAUCUUCAUACACCCUGUGACCACUCCUGCCAUCCCACUGAUGAUAACGAGUAUGGGGACGACCUUUGCCCCAAUCACCACGGUAGGAUCAAGUGGCAUGAUCCCAAUCAUGUCAACCCCUACUCCUACGCCAACGACAACAAUGUUCCCAGACUCAAUAACAACGCCUGGGGGGCAUUCACGCCAUAUCCCUCAAGCUUGGCUCAAUUUGCCGCUGACCCAGCAAACGCUCAAGCUCUGCAGGGCUAUCAACAGGUGAUGGCCAUGAUGCAACAGGCAGGGGGCUUCAUGCCAUUUUCCUAUCCCGGGAUGAUGCCACCGAUCAUGAGUCCUAUGGCACCCCCGGUUUUGACCCCGUCGACAUUCGUUCAUAGAAUGGUUCCUAUACAUCCGGUGAAUCUGACGGGGACCAUGAAUGAGGUAGCGCCCUCAAAUGUCCAUGAAGUUGACGAGGUGGAACAGGAGGCAGCCCGCAGGAGGAAGGGUAAGGCUAUAGCCAAACCGAGCAAGACUCGAGAUUCGGCGUUCAAACGCCUGGGGGACAAAGAGGAUGGACCCUGCAAGUCUUCCAAGCUACGUUUUGGUCCUGAGAUGGGCCGGACUAGCGCAAUGGAAAGACUUGGCGGGAGUCGUCACGCCCAAUCUCGUCGUUCUAGGGAAUAUAAGACGAUUCACCUAGAUGAGGAGGAAGCUGAAAGCCAGCCCAGAGCAUCGACAUAUACCAGGCUCUCAUACGAUGAGGAUGACCUGGACAAGAUGGGAAGCAUAGCGAGAAAGCUACGUGCCCUGGAGGAAAGGGUAGAAGAGAAGGCGGGAGCGAAGAAGCACACCCUGGCCAAAUCACCCUUUUCAGCCAGGGUACAUGCACAAAACUUGAGGCGGAAGGUCAAGCUGGACGUGGAGAAAUUCACUGGAAAGGAGGAUCCAAAUGUCCACCUUGACACCUUCCAUAAUGCAGCGCAAAUGGCCGGCCUUCCACAUGGUAAGAUCGGGUCCUUUGAAAAACUUGCUGAGAUUUUUCGCAAGAAGUACGAGGAGAACUGCGUCAAAAGGAAGAAGUUCACCUACCUUAACACGGUAGGGCAGAGGGAGAAGGAGUCCUUGACUCAGUUCUUAACUCGCUGGAGGGACGAGAUCGACAAAGUAGAAGAUAUGGACGACAAGACGGCCAUGUCUUUGCUGAUGAAUGCCUUUCGGUCGGGUGACCUCUACACUGAAUUUUGUAGAAGGCCACCCUCCUCUUAUCAGGAAGCCUACAAUACGGCAUGGGAGUACGCGGAGGCGGAAGUCCUAAACAAGAGAAAACGAGAACUGGAAGAAGGUUAUAUGAAGGUCAAGACCGAGAAGCCAAAGAAGGACGACCAUAUGGGAGGGUCCUGGCCAAGGACCACAUAUGAUGGGACGGCCCACCAAAUUAGGAAUGAGAAGAAGGGAGAAUAACCCAAGCGGCCUUGGGCAGAGAAGUGGUGUACCUAUCACAAAUCUGACUCCCACAACACGGCAGACUGCCGAAAUGUCAAGGCUGUGCUCAAGGAGAUGACCUU